AUCUAAUUAAUUUUGAAUUCAACUUUGGUUAAUUAGUUAAAUUGAAAUAUUGGCAUUCUAAGAUCAAAUAGUGUAUUAAAUGAUUUUUCGUUUUUCAAUAUAUAUUUCUUGCCUCUUGGUAAUGAUUUUCAGCAUUUAAAUACGUAUCAAUAAUUGAUCUGCAUGUCCUACUUUUGAAUCUCACAACUCUCUCUCUCUCUCUCUCUCUCUCUCUCUCUCUCUCUCUCUCUUCUCUCUCUCUCUCUCACACACACACACACACAAACUCACACACUCAAGGAAUUGAAAGAAUGGAAGCAGCUCCGGUUGGAGCCGCCCUUGAAGUUUUAUUUCCAAGACUGAUCUCAGUUCUGGAGAAGCAGAUCGACCUCUUCCGAGAUUUCAAGAAAGACCUAAAAAAGCUAAGAAGUUCAAUCACCAUGAUUCAAAGUUUCUUGAUCGAUGCGGAGAACAAGCAAAUCACCAACGGAACCGUCAAACUCUGGUUGCAUAAGCUCGAAGGUGUCGCUUUCGAUGCCGAUAAUGUUUUGGAUGAGCUCGACUAUCAACAUCUCUCCGAAACAAUUCAUCAUCAUACCCAACACAAAAUCAAGAAAAAGGUACGAUUCUUCUUCCCACGCAAUAUUCGUCGUCUAAAAAUGGCACAUAAAAUCGAGGAUAUCAAUAAAAAUUUGAAAGAGAUCAACAAAGAGGCAAGCAACUAUGGCCUUCAAAACAUAGUGGCAGGAGCUGAUGGAUCACAAGGCCCAUCUGUUGGCAGAGAAACUGAUUCGUUCGGUAACGAUCCAAUUUUUCUUGGAAGAGAAAAUGACGUGUCCGAAAUUGUGAAGAUGAUGACUACUCCUCCAAAUGGUGAUCAUGUAUUCUCUAUCCUUCCGAUUGUCGGGAUGGGGGGGCUCGGAAAAUCAACGGUAGCUCGUGAAGUGUUUCAUCAUGAAACAAUAAAAACUCAUUUCGCUAACCGUUUUUGGGUGCACGUCUCUGAAAAUUUCGAUGUCGUGAUUCUUUUCAAAAAGAUUCUUACAUCCUUAACGGGAAAGAACAUUGAACUUGGAAAUAAACAAGCUCUUCUUGAAAAGCUUCAGAAAAAAUUGGGAACCGAAAGAUUUUUACUUGUGCUCGACGAUGUUUGGAACGAAAAUCGGAAAAAAUGGGAUGAUUUUAUUAAUUCCUUGCGAAAUAUUAGUUGUACUACAGGAAAUGGCAUCAUGGUUACUACGCGACUUGAAAAUGUUGCUUCAUUGGUGGCUACACUUGGUAUUCAUAAACUAAAAGACUUGUCAAAAGAUGCGUGUUGGUCCAUAGUUAAAGCAAAAGCCUUUCCACGAAGUAAUGUUGGAUCAGAAUUUAAUGCCAUUGGGGUAUCUAUUGCAAAAAGAUGCCAAGGUUUGCCGUUGGCGGCCAACGUGGUUGGGGGAUUUUUGCGUGGUAAAUCGAUUGAUGAGUGGCUCUCUAUUGAAAAGAAUUGGCUCUCAGAUUUAGGAGAUGAAAAUUUGGUCUCCAAUAUUUUGAAACUGAGUUUUAAUCACUUGUCGUCACCAUCACUCAAAAGGUGUUUUGCAUAUUGUUCCAUAUUUCCUAAAGGAUUUGAUUUGGAAAAGGAACAAUUGGUUGGGCUUUGGAUGGCAGAGGGAUUUCUCGGAGGUAAUGAUGAUAUGGAGAGCAUGGGCGGCAAAUUCUUUAAUCUUCUUUUACAAAACUCGUUGUUACAAUUUGGGAGAAGUGUCCGUGGACUCUAUACCGAUAUAACGUAUUACAACAUGCAUGAUCUUGUUCAUGAUCUAGCAUCCUCUAUUUUAAAUUCAAGGAUAAAUGAUCAAGUUCGGUACAUGGGUUUGCAAUCUAUUAGUGUUGAAUCGAGUGAUAUCCCAAACGAACAAGCAAGAUGUCUUCGUUCGUUACUGUUCAAUGGUGAAAUAUGUGCACGCAUGUUCUCAGAGUUCAAAUCGCUGCAUGUUCUAAUUCUGAUGAGUGAUGGUGGUGAAGAGUUGCCAAGUACUAUUAAAGAGCUAAUACAUUUGAGAUGUCUUGACAUUUCACGCACAAGAAUUAAAUGUUUACCGGACUCUGUUGGUGAACUCUAUCACUUGCAGACAUUAAGAGUAUGUAAUCUUUUGGAGAAGCUGCCAACAACAACGAGACACUUGGCUGGCUUAAGACAUCUCCACAUUCCUCGAAUAGAAUUACCCCCUGAAAUGGCAAGACUAACUUCUCUUCGAACACUACCGUACUUUGGAGUGGGCGAUGAAAAGGGUUGUGGAAUUGGUGAACUUAGGAGCUUGAAAAAUCUUGUAGGGGAACUAGAGAUUUAUAAUCUUGAAAAGGUGCAAAGCAAGGAAGAGGCUACGAGCGCAGAUUUAUUGCAUAAGCCAACCAUAUUCAAGUUAAAGCUUACGUGGGAUGAAGAUAGAAAAGGUGAAAAUAAUGAUGAAAUUGUUUUGGAAGGCCUCCAACCUCACCCUGAUUUAAAGAGCUUAAAAAUUUAUGGAUUCAGAGGAAGACGUUUUCCGCCAUGGUAUUGUAAUAUUUCUGGGCUUAAUAAAUUGAUGGAGAUAAAACUUGAAAGUUGCACGGAAUGCGAACAACUCCCAACGCUAGGACACUUGCCACAUCUCAAGAAUCUUUACCUGCAUAAUCUGGCUAAUGUGAAAUCCAUAGGUUCGUCAUUCUACGGAGUUGAUGACAACUGCGGCAGUACAUCAAGUAUCGGAGUUUCCAAGAGCACAUUAUUUAAUGUGUUUCCGGCUCUUGAAAGGCUCGAGUUGCGGGGAAUGUCAGAGCUGAGGGAGUGGUUAGAAGUAGAAUUGCCAAAUGGAGCCGAGAAUCAACUACCGGUUGUAUUUCCUUGCCUUGAAUACUUGAUGGUUGAUAGUUGCACGAAAUUGAAGAGUGCUCCGAGUCAUUUUCCAUGCCUUCAAGAAUUGGAGAUUUAUGGAAUGGACAGUGGAUUACCUCUGGCAAGUAUAUGUGGGAUGACAUUAAUCUCGCUGACAAGACUGAAAAUUAAUUCAAUCGAUGGAUUGAUGUGCCUCCCGGAUUGGCUAUUCCACAACAAUCGAAAUCUCAGGGAGUUGGAAAUACGAAGAUGUCCCAACUUAACGCAUCUAGUUUCCUGCUUCCGACGCAGCGGCACCUCUGUAAUCAGGGAGAUACAUGAAGAGAGUUGUUCGAAGCUCGGAGAAUUACCGGAUGAUGUACGCCACCUCAGUGCUCUUGAGGUAUUGAUUAUAGACGAUUGUCCGAAUAUGAGAGAAUUACCAUAUGAUCUACACAGCCUCAGUGCUCUUGAGAUACUUAGACUAGAAAGCUGCCCAAAUCUGAAGGCAAUACCAUAUCCACAUGAAUCACACGAUCGGCAAUUAUUACUAGGAUUGAGUUGCCUUCGCGAACUGAGUGUUAUUAGCUGCGAAGGGCUGGUCGAUUUGGAAAGAGAAAUGAUGGAGUCGUGUGAGUUGUCCCUCGAGGAUUUGCAUCUGCGGGGUUUAGGGAGUUUAAGGAUGGAUAUGGGAACGAUGAUUGGGUAUUGUUUGCAUAAAAUGCCCUGUCUAUCACGUUUGUCAAUUGUUGGUGUUCCGACAGCGACGCUGGUCAUUAAUUCCUCCUCGGAGAUUGGUUUGCCUCUUGGCUUCAGGAUACUGGAUGUAACCACGACGUGCGACCAGUCAGAUUCAGACUGGACGGAUAUUGUCGAUGCCGUCUUGAAAGCAUCAACCAAAUCUCUUCGUAAAUUAACAUUGCGGGGGACGGAGCGUAGCCGGGAUCUACCGGAUUCACUUCAACAUCUCACUGCUCUUUCUAGGCUGUGGUUAACUGGUUUUGGAGAGAUGGAAGCAUUGUCGGAUUGGCUUGGGAACAACAACAACUUGUCCUCAUCUCUACAGAGAUUAUUAAUAUCCCACUGUAGGAACUUUUGCCGUCUGCCGUCUAAGGAAGCCAUGCAACGCCUCACAAAAUUAACCGAGUUAGGCAUCUAUUAUUGUCCGCUGUUAAAUCUAAAACGGAGACGAGAUGGAGAUGACGACAAUGAUGAUGAUGAUGAUUCUGAGUGGCCCAAGAUUUCCCAUAUCCCCAAGGUCGAAGUGGUUAGCUAACGAAUGCCAACUAAUGCUCAGUGAAAUUUAAGUAUACUUAUUUUUCUACUUUGUCGAAUUUACCAUAUUUUAUUUCUUGAUUGAUGAUAUAUACAAACUCUUUUUGAUGGGA